AGCAAAUCUAUAUAGAAUUUGACUCAUUUGGUUUUACAAGCUUCAUUUAUAUUUCACUAUGGUUUGUAAAGUUCUGUUCUUUGUGUUAGCAGUUUGGGCACAUCAAGGAUAUUGUUUAACUGAGGUCAGACUUGAUGAUAGAAACGUCAAUAUAAUAAGACAUGAGCAUCUUGGAUCAUCGAUCAGCAUACCGAAGCCCAUAUUCGAUACUUUAAGGACCUGUCACAUCACAUAUCCAGAUGGGAGAAGAUUUGAAGCUUAUCCACAGAACAAUUUACCGAAUUCGGAAAUCUUCUUUAAAACCGUUCGCAAACCUUUUACUAGUUGUUCCAUUGGAUUUAGAAAUCCUCCUGUGAGUUUCAGUGGCACUUACGAGCUCAUGGAUACAGUGGUGUCGAGCACCACUAAUGGCGUUACUCUGACGAGACGGAGAUUCAAUAUUAGAAUUUCUGAACCUGAAUUUUAACAGAUAAAUUAUUAUUUUUGAUUUCAAAAGAUUAAAACUAUUGCAAUUAAUUAGUAAUUUUUUUGUUUUUGGUCAGACAAAAUUUAUCAACAGCAUUUAUUAAAGUAAAAAGUCAAAUUUUUACUAUAAUCAAUAUCAAAUUAUGGUGACAUAUUAAAGUUAUAAGGUGUCUCAAACUUAUAUUGCAAACGAUCCGAACGUACGAUAAAUAAAAAUAGUUCAACGUUGUUUAAUAUAAAGCGAUAAGAUUAUAAUCACUAAGCAUAAGAAGUAAGCACUUUCAAAGAAUGAUAAUAAAAAUAUUACUUAGUUUUCCAUACAAAACUCUCUGGCUAAAACUUGCUUUUGAUAUUUUUGCUUUAGCCUCUGAGUUUAACUAAUUCAGACGAAUGUUUUUAAUAAAAACUUCAACAGAGCUCUUUUAAAUACUUUAUAUAUAAGGCGAUUUCUAUUGUAAAUCUUUCAUUUUAAAAUUCACCUGUGUUUUUGAACUCAAUAAAAUUUUAAAGCA